UAUUUACUUUUAAUGUUAUCUAUAUAAAGACAUUUGUAAUAAUUCAACAUUAAAAUCUAGAGAAAUAAGUUAAAGAACUUCUGAGAAUGUAAGUGUAGAAAACUGCCCACCCCUACCGAGAAACACCCCUACCGAGGAACACCCCUACCGAGGAACACCCCUACCGAGAAACACCCCUACCGAGAAACACUUCUACCGAGGAACACCCCUACCGAGAAACACCCCUACCGAGAAACACCCCUACCGAGAAACACCCCUACCGAGAAACACCCCUACCCAUGAACACCCCUACCCAUGAACACCCUCACCUCCUUAAAUUCCUGCAGUGAGACAUCUCCUAUCAGAUGUUUCUCUGAAGUUGGUUAGAAAGUUGAAUCUCCUAAAUGUGGAGUACUUUCAUCUUGGAGACUUUUUCCUGGAUGUUUCAGGUCGUCACAUUGGACUUUGCUUUGGGUUUUCCAGAACUCUCCAUUCCUUGGUUGAUUAUGUCUGCAGUUGGUCCAGUUCUGCUCCAGCUUCAACAUUUUGCCUGAUUUUUCUGAAGGACCCUUAGAUAAACCACAGCAGACUUCAUGAUGGACUCUAGAAUAGUGAGCUGAACGGGCCCCAAACCAUGACACUUCCAUCUCCAUGUUUGGGUCCAGUCUGGGGGAAGUGGAAACGCGGGAGUGCGUGUACUACAAUGACAACUGGCGUACGGAGAGGACCAACCAGAGCGGCUUUGAGCGAUGCGAAGGCGAGAAGGACAAGCGGCUGCACUGCUACGCCUCCUGGCUGAACUCCUCAGGGACCAUCAAGCUGGUGAAGAAGGGCUGCUGGCUGGACGACUUCAACUGCUAUGACAGGCAGGAGUGUGUGUCCAUGGAGGAAAACCCUCAGGUGUUUUUCUGCUGCUGCGAGGGAAACUACUGCAACGAGAGAUUCACCCACCUCCCUGACAUGGUGGGCAACGGGAAUCGAGUGAAGAUUCGGCCCCCUCCCCGUGUGCCGUCGGUGCUCAGUGUGCUGGUGUACUCUCUGCUGCCGUUGUGCGUGCUCUCGCUGGGCCUGGUUCUGGCCUUAUGGAUGUACCGACACCGCAAGCCCCCCUACGGCCAUGUGGACCUAAGCGAGGAUCCUGGACCUGUUCCCUCGUCCCCUUUGGCUGGUCUGAAGCCCCUGAAGCUGCUGGAAAUCAAAGCCAGGGGGCGCUUUGGUUGUGUUUGGAAAGCCCACCUAAAGAAUGAAUUUGUUGCUGUCAAGAUUUUCCCCGUUCAGGAUAAGCAGUCGUGGCAAAACGAGCGGGACAUUUAUUUGACUCCAGGAAUGAGGCAUGAAAACAUUUUACACUACAUCGCAGCAGAAAAACAUGGAGCCAGCCUGGAGACAGAACUUUGGCUCAUCACGGAGUUUCACGAGAGGGGCUCACUGACCGAUCACCUGAAGGGUAACACUGUGACCUGGGCCGAGCUGUGCCACAUAGCAGAGACCAUGUCCCGUGGCUUGGCCUACCUCCACGAAGACAUUUCCAGCUUCAAAGGGGAGGGUCCCAAACCCACCAUAGCACACAGGGAUUUCAAGAGCAAGAACGUGAUGCUACGAGAUGAUCUGAGUGCUGUCAUCGGAGACUUUGGACUGGCAGUGUGCUUUGAACCUGGAAAACCUCCUGGAGACACACACGGACAGGUUGGUACCAGGCGCUACAUGGCUCCAGAGGUGCUGGAGGGAGCCAUUAACUUUCAGCGAGACUCCUUCCUGAGGAUCGACAUGUAUGCCAUGGGCCUGGUGCUGUGGGAGCUGGUGUCCCGCUGCACGGAGAGGGACGGUACAGUUGGCGAGUACAUGCUGCCGUUUGAAGAUGAAAUAGGUCAGCAUCCUUCCCUGGAGGAUCUGCAGGAUGUUGUUGUGCACAAGAAGAUGCGUCCCGUCAUUAAGGAUUGCUGGCUCAAACAUCCGGGUCUGAGCCAGAUCUGCGAGACCAUGGAGGAAUGCUGGGACCACGACGCAGAGGCACGACUGUCAGCCGGCUGUGUGGAGGAGCGCAUCGGUCAGAUCGCCAGGACAACCAGCAGCACUACCUCAGACAACCCCGUCUCCAUAGUAACGUCUCUCAUCAACGAGGACCUCCCUCCCAAAGAGUCCAGCUCCUGAACGGGUGACUCCCCCCCCAGCUCCCAACUGUCAGUUUUCCAAUCCAGAAACCGAAAUGCAGCUGCUAUUUUACCCAGGACUUCACGUUAAGGAACAUUUGGAGUCAGACCUUCCUAACACAUCCGUCUGCUGUAGGCAAAGUUGGAAUAAGCUAUCCCAUCGGCACAUCCCACCACAUCCACGUGUCAAACCUCCGUCAUCACCUCAUCCCUCACUUUUUAUUACCUCAUCAGGUGUUUGUUGUUGCUUUUCCCAUCGUGGUCACGUGAUCGUCUGCGGCCAAAUGACAUGAACCUUUGCUCCUCCCCUCAGACGACGUGCUGCAAUCUCGGAGGACCCGGUGUGAGACUGUUAACAAAAUGUAUUCAUCUUCCUCAGGGGUCAACGCUUCUCUUCUUAAAGUCUGCUCUCGGUAGAACGCUGCGUUCCUCCGGCGGAGAACCAGCACCCAGCUUCUGAUGGAAGGUUUUAGUGGACGCUUCGGACUUCUCAAAGAUUUGGGACAAGUGUCUUGUCCUUGGAACUACCUCUCAGGUAUCCAGCAGGCUUCUCUAAACGGAGACAAUUCAGCUACUAAGGACAAUUUUCCUGGACGUCUUUCUUUAGUUACUCCUGUUCCAGAGACGCCGACUGGAGUCGCAAUGUUACAUUCUCAAGUCUCAGUCUGUGUGUGUGUGUUUACACGUGUGUGUGAGUUUGUGCACACGUGUAUGAGUCUAAGUGUGUGUUUACACGUGUGUGUGCAUGUGUAUGAGUCUAAGUGUGUUUGUGUGUGUAUACUUUGUUGUUAACCCCCCGUGUGAAUGAGUGGGAUGAUGUCCAAACACAGUGUGUUGGUCUGAUUCCUGACCGGGCCGUACCGGGGCAGAGGCGUGCUCUCCGGUGCUGGGUGGACCCGGGUGGACCCGGUUGGACCCGGAUACCUCAGUCGCUGCAUGUCAGGCACGGAGAGCUGGACGGGUUGCCUUUGUCUCCAAUGCAAUGCCAUAGUCGUACCAUAACAAGAACCAUACAUGAAUGUUUGUUCUGCUGCUGUGACUAUUCCAGGUUCCUCAAGGAUUCGUAGAUGUUCCUGCGUUCUUUGUUCGUAGAACACUAACAUCGAAGAACUUCUCUGUGACGUGAUCAGGCUGAUUUCCUGUUUUUAUUUUUUAUUUUUGGACUCGUAAGCCUUCAGCUGCUUACUCCACCAGACUGACCUCAGAUGUUCUGACAAGUACCUCAGGCUUUUUCUAAAUAUAUAUCAAGUUGUGUUAAAUAUUUGAUUGUGUUUUAGUAUUUGAUAUUUUAUUGUUGGUUGGGCCUCAGACUGUGGAGAUUGUCUUUCAUUGUGGAGCAGAGCUGGACCGGUUUUCCGGCUGUUGAAGCUCUGCAGAGCUAAGAGAAGACGGGCAGAUUGCUGGAAGUGUUGGUGUUCACUCAGAUGCUAAACUGCGUUGAUACUUUUCCUUCAAUACAGAAUCAGGGCAUUGCUGUUCCUAAGUUACAGUUCUGGAAAGGGUUUCCUAGAUCUGCGUCUGCGUGUUUAUUUGGACAUGUGGCCCUCUGCCUUUUGAUGAAAUGUGUCCAACAGUGGGGAGGGCUCCUGGGGGACAGACUGUGAAAUAUUACGAGCAAACCAGAGGUCCUCAUCAUGGUUUGGUCCGGGCGGCGUCUCGGAUGGGCCGUCUGAACCGCAUCGGCUGAGUAUUCACCUGCUGAUGUGACGUUCUGAUCCGUGUCGUAGUAGUUUAGUCACGUGGGACAACACACAUCUGUGCUUUGACCGUGGUGAUUUACCAGUACUAGCUCUUUGCUGAUGUGCAGUUUUGAUAAUCCUAUGUGUGCCGGACGCUGUUUGUGUUUGUUUGUAACCACUGAUCGAUGCAGCACCAUCAAGGUCCCAUCAACGGUCCCGGGCUCCAGCAAUAGUAACCAGACAGCAAUAGUUCUUUCAGAGCCCAGCCGGGACGUCGCCGUCUCCUGUGCAGAUCAGCACAGGGCAGCUCAUCACACCCGGAUCAGGCUCCAUGGACAAACGCAGUGGGGCGGACGUGCACGCCCGGCGUGGCCCAGGUGCUUUCACAAAUUGUGCCACAGAAACAACGGUCCUGCGAUCGGUUGUUGCCUCAAAAUGCUGUCUUACACCCAGCUCUUCUGAACCGAAAACCCUGUUACCUCAUGCAGUACCUCCUACCACCAACAUGGAGUCGGUUUCAUCUCCAACAAGAACGUUGCAUUUUUGUGUACAUAUUUACCCAAUAAAUGUAAAGGUUUCCUCCGUCUGACACGUGGAAGCGGUUUCUCUGCUCAGCAUUUGGUUUCCAUGUGGGAGUGUGUGCCCUUUCCUGUUUACGUGACCCGUGUGACUGUAACCCAGUGUGACUGCGGAUAAAUGCUUAGGAAAUAUAAAGUAGAGAAAUAUACAUUCAUCAUUUUGUUUAUGAAAAUAAAAACCAAUUCUGAUUAAGUGU